CACAGGCUGUCACACGCUGUGCAGGACUCAGUCCCAGUCAGGACACAGCAUGGACAUGAGGGUCCCCGCUCAGCUCCUGGGGCUCCUGCUACUCUGGCUCGCAGGUGCCAGAUGUGACGUCCAGAUGACUCAGACUCCAUCCUCCUUGUCUGCAUCCGUAGGAGACACAGUCACUCUCACUUGCAGGACCAGUGAGGAUAUUAGUAAUGGUUUAAACUGGUAUCAACAGAAACCAGGGAAGCCUCCUAAACCCCUGAUCUAUGGUGCAUCUUAUUUGGAAUCUGGGGUCCCACAGAGGUUCAGCGGCAGUGGAUUUGGGACAGAUUUCACUGUCACCAUCAGCAGCCUGGAGCCUGAAGAUGUUGCGACUUAUUACUGUCACCAGAGUAACAGUUUCCCGCCCACAGUGAUACAAGCCAUGACACAAACACCCAAGGAAGCAGAAGUAACAUCAGGGACUCUCAGCUUGCUUUUGCACCCAGAGGUGCCGAGCAACUUUGCUCCCUGGAUCCCCUGCCAAGCCGUGCGAUGGGCAGGGUCCCUGAUCCCUGCUGGUUCCCCACAGCCCAGGCGAGAGCCCAGCAGCUCUCAGCACAGCAAACCUGACCUCAGCCCUGAUUUGAAAUCCCUGUUUGCAAACCUCUGCAUUUCAUUCCAGGCUGAAAGCUCUCCUGGCUUUGAAUUCCUAGGCCUCGUUUCCACACUUUCUAAAACCAGCAUUGCCACUUGGAUGAGCCUCUUGCAGCCCAGGACAGGAGCAGGGAUUUGCACAAUGAUGCAACCAUCUCAGAAAUUAGAUACAGGAGAAAUCAAGAAGAUGGACAAGUACUCGGAAAGGUUUCAAAAUAGGGCAGGUGCCAGAUGUGACACCCAGAUGACCCAGUCUCCAUCCUCCUCAUCUGCAUCCAUAGGGGAUCCAUCAGUUGUCUAUAGGACAAUCGUCAGUUGUUGGGCCAGUGAGGAUGCUGAGAAAUGGUUACACUGGUUCAGCAGAAACCAGGGAAAGCUCCUAAACUCUGGAUCUAUGAUGCACCCAGUUUACAGCCUGGGGUCCCAACCAGGUUCUUCUGUGGCAGUGAAUCCAGGACGGAUUUCACUCUCACCAUCAGCAGCCCAGAGCCUGAAGAUGUUGGGAAUUAUCACUGUCUACAGACGGGAUGAACCUCCCACAGUGAUACAUCCAUAA